CUCUCGAGUGAAUCCCGGAAAAGCUAAACAAACACAAAACUCAACAUGAAGUUCGUUCUAUUCUGUGCUUCCCUGGCGGUUCUUUUGGCCAUGGGUCAGUGCGAUCCUGACUUCCGGCAAAUAAUGCAGCAGUGCAUGCAGUCCAACCAGGUGACCGAAGCCGAUCUUAAGGAGUUCAUGACCAGCGGCAUGCAGGGCAACGCCAGCGAGAACCUCAAGUGCUACACCAAGUGUCUGAUGGAGAAGCAGGGUCAUCUGGCCAACGGUCAGUUCAACGCCCAGGCUCUCCUCGAUACCCUCAAGAAUGUGCCGCAGUUCAAGGACAAGAUGGAGGAGAUUGCCUCGGGGGUGAAUGCCUGCAAGGACAUGAAGGGCACAAACGACUGCGACACGGCCUUUAGGGUCACCAUGUGCCUCAAGGAGCACAAGGCCAUGCCAGGACAUCACUAAGGAUCCCCUGGCAUCGUACUACUCAUUACAAGCUGAUGAGCCACGUUGCACAUCUCAGGUGAAUGUUGUGAAAUAAAGUUGUUCAAGUUGCACUAAAGCAAA